UUGCUUUGAGUGGAGCGUUGGCAACACGCCGCAGGAAGUGCGUUGGGCCUAUGGCUCACGCGAAGCUGGCCAGGGCCAUCCUGCUCCUCUGCAGGGUGCCCAUGUAUCGUGUGCAGAACCUCGCGCAUGUCCGUGGGUGCCACUGGGAGUGUUUCAGAGCACUGGCUGCCCUCGGGGUGAGCCGCAGGAAAAUGUGAAAGGAGCGAUUUGCUGUGCUUCCCAUCUGGAAGGCAUCUCGGGAUACGUUUGA